AUGAUUCCAAAAUUAUAUAUACAUUUGAUACUAUCUUUAUUGUUGUUGCCGCUAAUUUUGGCGCAGGAUUAUUAUGCAAUACUAGAGAUAGACAAAGAUGCCACUGAGAAGGAAAUCAAAUCAGCGUACAGACAAUUGUCUAAGAAGUACCAUCCGGAUAAAAAUGCUGGGAGCGAAGAAGCCCAUCAAAAAUUCAUUGAAGUCGGCGAGGCAUACGAUGUAUUGAGCGAUCCUGAAAAGAAAAAGAUUUAUGACCAGUUUGGUGCAGAUGCUGUAAAGAAUGGCGGUGGCGGUGGCGGUCCAGGAGGCCCUGGCGCAGGUGGAUUCCACGAUCCGUUUGACAUAUUCGAACGGAUGUUUCAAGGAGGUCAUGGAGGUCCUGGCGGCGGAUUUGGCCAGAGACAGAGGCAGCGUGGUCCAAUGAUCAAGGUCCAGGAAAAACUAUCUUUAAAGCAGUUUUAUUCCGGGUCCUCGAUAGAAUUUACUUUAAACCUAAACGAUGAAUGUGAUGCAUGCCAUGGUAGUGGCUCUGCAGAUGGUAAGCUGGCCCAAUGUCCCGAUUGUCAAGGUCGUGGGGUUAUAAUACAAGUGCUGCGCAUGGGUAUUAUGACGCAGCAGAUUCAACAGAUGUGUGGUAGGUGUGGUGGUACGGGACAAAUUAUCAAAAAUGAAUGCAAAACAUGUCACGGCAAAAAAGUUACCAAAAAGAACAAGUUCUUCCACGUUGACGUUCCACCAGGCGCACCAAGAAACUACAUGGACACAAGAGUCGGCGAGGCUGAAAAAGGGCCUGACUUUGACGCCGGUGACUUGGUCAUAGAAUUCAAGGAAAAGGAUACUGAGAACAUGGGUUACAGAAGAAGAGGCGACAAUCUGUACAGAACAGAAGUUCUUUCUGCUGCGGAAGCGCUAUACGGCGGAUGGCAAAGAACGAUAGAAUUCCUUGAUGAGAACAAGCCCGUUAAGUUAUCUAGACCCGCUCAUGUAGUUGUCUCCAAUGGCGAAGUUGAAGUCGUGAAGGGAUUCGGCAUGCCCAAGGGUAGCAAGGGUUACGGUGAUUUGUACAUAGACUACGUCGUUGUCAUGCCAAAGACUUUCAAAUCUGGGCAAAAUAUGCUCAAAGAUGAGUUGUAG